AUGCCUAUUUCACCACUUAUUACGUUCAAGGCGGGGAAGUGUGAUAUUGAUACAUCAAGUAAACCUUACAAGGUCAAGCCUGAUGCAACUCCUGGUUAUAUCUACCUUUGGGCUGAAGAAGAUAUCGUUCAUUUCUGUUGGCGCGAAAGAAGCAAACCUAUGGAUGCCGAGGAUAACUUGGACUUGCUGAUGUUUCCAACCGAUGGUCACUUUCAACCUUACGAUUCCAAUCAAACCGAUGAAUUGACUGCAAAAACUAAUGGCCGCAUAUUCGUUCUCAAGUUUUCAUCCUCUUCUCAAAGACAACUUUUCUGGAUGCAAUCAAAACCUCAAGCGCGAAAUGGAGAUGCAAGUUGGUUUAGUCCCCGGGACUUGAAGAUUGGACAGAUUGUGGAUACGAUAUUGCAAGGAGAGGAGGUCGAUGUCGAACAGGAAAUUACACAAGUUAGAGGAGCUGAUGGAGGAGACGAUCACGACGAAACGAUGGAGGAUGUUGAGGGCCAUGGUGAUACGUCUGAACAUCAUCAAGGUGGAAGUGGUGGAGCCGGAGCAGAUGCAACUGGUGGAGAUAUUAGGGAAGAAGGGGCAAGCUCAAGAGAGGCUGGAGCUGAUGGUGGAAGAGCUGCUGGUUCAGGACCAACAGAUGCUGCCUCAGUUGUUCAAAACUUUCUCAAUUCCUUGAAGGGUCCUGGAGGAGCAGGCAUGCAACAACAAGCACAAGGUCAAAUGUACACCACUUUACCGGACCUUUUACCAAAUGCGGUAACUAUUCCAUCGAUCGACGCUGCAAGCCCAGCCCAAGUGGAUAAUCUCCUUAGCUAUCUUCCACCUACGAUCCUACAACUUGCACAAGAAUCCGCAUCUUCCCUCGAAGGAAUGGCCGAACCAACUUCCCAGACUUCAGCUGCUGCAAUCGAAGCUUUGAGCUUGGACCAGAAGAAGUCGGUAUUGAAGAGAGUAGUAAGGAGUCCACAAUUUCAUCAGAGCUUAGGAAGUUUGACUAUGGCAAUUAGAGAUGGUGGUUUACCUAGUAUUGCAGAUGCAUUGGGAGUUAAGUUGCAGAACAAUGGGUUGGUAAAGGGAGGGAGUGUUCCGUUGGGAGGUGGUGAUGCAGUCGAGGCAUUUGUCGAGGGUGUUAAGAAGACGGUGGAAAAGAAAUGA